AUGACAUAUUUGUUCGACACAAAGCAUUCCAUUGGUCAUCAUAUUCAAUCGAAUUCAAUGACAAAAGACGUCGAAAAUGAAAUCGCUUCUGACUGGUUCAAUUCCCAAAUUGAACAAAUUCAAUUGAAUUUCGCAUCUGCCUUACAGCGAGUGGAAAGUGAUAUGAACGCUCAGUUGAGUUCAUUAAAGAAUGAGUUAGAAAUACGUGGACCAAAGUCACCGGAAAAUCCGCCUAAAAAAACGUCCAAUCGUGAAAUAAAAGAAUCUCGUGUAUAUGUUCCUCGCAAUUCAAUUCUGACUGAUCUCUUCGAAAUCUCACAUAUUCAAAGCGUGCGCAAUGUCUUUGCAGCUAUAUUAAUCAUAUUAGUUAUACAAGGAACACUCCAUGACCUUAUCAACGAAGGAAGGAUCAAUUUGGACUUCAAGAUCGUUUUCGAAUGUUUCGCACAUCUACAUAUCUCGCUUUUCAUUUGGUUAAUUAUGCAAUUAACUACAGCAAUUGCUGUAUACAUGGGAUUUUAUCUCUGGGCAUGUCAACGACGGAGUUUCAAACAAAACUUAAAAAUCUAUGAUUCUAUAUGGUUGUCUGCAUACGCUGUUUAUAUAAUGUUAUUUUUAAUUCUACCAUGUCGUCAAAUUGUGAAACAUGAUUUAGCCAUAGCUUCUGCAUUGAUUGUUUUACUCGAACAAAUUCGACAAUUGAUGAAAGUGCAUUCAUUCAUUCGUGAAAAUGUGCCUCGGAAUCUUUCAUUAAUCGGCUCCGACAACGCCACGUUUGUUUGUCCUGAUUAUUCGAAAUAUUUGUAUUUUCUAUUCGCCCCAACGCUGAUUUAUCGUGAUGAAUAUCCACGAAAUGCCACUAUCCGUUGGAAUUAUGUGGUGCAAAUGUUCGGACAAGUUUUGGCGUCAAUGUUUUAUGUUUAUUGUGUAGCCGUGCGAUUCUGUGUACCAACAUUUUCUAAUUUAAAUCGAAAUGAAAUUACCUUACCAAUCUUCAUAUCGGUUUUAUUUAAUUCGAUCAUGCCCGGAAGUCUCUUUCUCCUAUUAGGCUUUUAUGGAUUUUUACACUGUUGGCUGAAUGCAUUUGCUGAAAUGCUUCGAUUUGCUGAUCGAAUGUUUUAUAAAGAUUGGUGGAAUUCGACAUCGUUCGCAAAUUAUUAUCGAACAUGGAAUGUCGUUGUUCAUGAUUGGCUUCAUACGUAUGUCUAUAGGGAAAUUUAUGUGUUAAUUGGUAAGAAGAAUCGAGCAUUUCCAUCCAUUUGCGUCGUGUUGUUAUCAGCUGUCUUUCAUGAAUAUGUGAUGAUGUUUGCACUUGGUUUCUUCUAUCCAGUAAUGUUCCUUCUCUUUGGAGUCGCAGGUUUGGCUUUCCUCUUUUUGCUUCCGCGGCAUCCAGGCGUUGUGUUUAAUAUACUUAUUUGGUUAUUUCUCUUCGUUGGCGUUGGAUUACAAUCGUGUUUCUAUUUCAUGGAAGCUUACGCAAGACGAUCAUGUCCGGCAAAUAACACAAUUUGGGAUAAAGUUGUACCUCGAUCCUUUGUUUGUCGCGUUUCAUUGCCGAGUGGAAAUCUCCUACAUAUAGACUUAUAG